ACAGGACUUGAUGCCCCCGAGCCCCGACGUACCACCAUCAUGUCGGGCACCGUGUCCAUUCUCCAACAGUUUGCCAACGGCUUGAAGAGCCGCAGUGAAGAGACGAGGGCGAAAGCGGCCAAGGACUUGCAGCAUUAUGUCACCAUGGAGCUCCGUGAAAUGAGUCAGGAAGAAUCUACCAGGUUUUACGAUCAGCUGAACCAUCACAUAUUUGAGCUGGUGUCUAGUUCUGAUGCAAAUGAAAGGAAGGGUGGCAUUCUGGCUAUAGCAAGCCUUAUCGGUGUUGAAGGAGGUAAUGCCACCCGUAUUGGCAGGUUUGCCAACUACCUGAGGAACCUCUUGCCAUCCAAUGACCCUGUUGUAAUGGAGAUGGCCUCCAAGGCUAUUGGGCGGCUUGCAAUGGCUGGUGACACCUUCACAGCUGAGUAUGUGGAGUUUGAGGUGAAACGAGCUCUGGAAUGGCUGGGAGCUGACAGGAAUGAAGGUCGAAGACAUGCAGCUGUUCUUGUCUUGCGUGAGCUGGCAAUCAGUGUGCCUACCUUCUUCUUCCAGCAAGUACAGCCGUUCUUUGAUAAUAUAUUUGUGGCUGUGUGGGAUCCCAAACAGGCCAUCCGAGAGGGAGCUGUUUCUGCCUUAAGAGCCUGCCUUAUCCUCACCACCCAGCGGGAGCCAAAAGAGAUGCAGAAGCCCCAGUGGUACAGACAUACGUAUGAAGAGGCUGAGAAGGGCUUUGAUGAGACUUUGGCCAAAGAGAAAGGAAUGAACCGUGAUGACCGAAUCCAUGGUGCCUUACUGAUCCUCAAUGAGCUAGUGAGAAUCAGCAGUAUGGAGGGAGAGCGCCUUAGAGAGGAGAUGGAAGAGAUCACUCAGCAGCAGCUUGUGCAUGACAAGUACUGCAAAGACCUGAUGGGCUUCAGUACCAAACCUCGCCACAUCACUCCCUUCACUAGCUUCCAGUCUCUUCAGCCCUCUCAGUCAAAUGCUUUGGCUGGUCUUCUGGGGUACAGUGCCCACCAAGGAAUCAUGGGUUUCUCAACCUCACCUGUCCCAGCAAAGUCUACAUUGGUAGAAAGUCGAUGCUGUAGGGAUCUAAUGGAAGAGAAGUUUGAUCAAGUAUGCCAGUGGGUUCUCAAGUGCAGAACUAGCAAGAAUUCUUUGAUCCAGAUGACAGUUCUCAAUCUGCUACCACGGUUGGCGGCUUUCCGUCCUUCAGCCUUCACAGCUGAUCAGUAUCUUCCAGACACCAUGAAUCACGUUCUCAGCUGUGUGAAGAAAGAAAAGGAGCGAACAGCAGCCUUUCAGGCCUUGGGUUUGCUUUCUGUGGCUGUGAGGUCUGAGUUUCAAGCUUACCUGCCGAAAGUCCUUGAAAUCAUAAAAGCAGCUCUUCCACCAAAGGACUUUGCCCACAAGAGGCAGAAGUCUGUGCAGGUUGAUGCCACAGUCUUCACCUGCAUUAGUAUGCUGGCACGAGCCAUGGGACCCAGUAUCCAGCAGGAUAUCAAAGAGCUUUUGGAACCUAUGCUGGCUGUGGGCCUGAGGUAAGUACAAGGCACAGGAGCAUGUUUUUCUCCUAGCCACUGGAUGGCAUUGUUGGCCAUAUAGAAGACGACCUUGAAAGUCUUCAGAUUGAGAAAGAAGAUUAUUGCUUUUAAAUGACCUUUUAGAAGAUCAGUGUAGCUCUUUGGGAAGAAUGGUAUGUUUUAAGUGUUAAUGUGUCUGUUGAGUUAAGAGCAUUGGUCUCUGUAAAGAAAUCUUAUUGUAGAACAACUAGUGAAUU